AUGGCACCCAAAGCCCCGAAAGAAGGCGGCGAGGCCCGCUCACUCGAACUCAACCCACCCCCCGACUUCUUCGCCACGAGGAACGCUCUCUUCGACAAGCGAAAAGCCGAGCAGGACGAAUGGAGGGCGAAGCAGCCACGUGAGGACAUUGAGGUGACGCUGGAGAAUGGCAGCAAAAAGGAGGGCAAGAGCUGGGAGACCACCCCAAAUCAGAUCGCCAGGGAGAUCUCCAAGUCGUUGUUUGAACGCACCGUGAUCGCUCGAGUGGACGGUGAGCUGUGGGACCUGGACCGCCCACUGGAGAAGAGCUGUAAGCUGGAAUUGCUCGACUUUGAGCACCCUGAGGGAAAGAAAGUCUUCUGGCACAGUAGUGCGCAUAUCCUGGGUGAAGCAGCUGAGAGGAGGUUCGGAUGCGCGCUAUGCAUUGGCCCACCCGUCGACGAUGGUUUCUACUACGAAAUGGCUCUUCCUGAAAUGGCUGCUGUCACCGAGGCGGACCACAAGCCCUUGAAGCAGAUUGCUGAGAAGGCGAUCAAGGAGAAACAGCCGUUCGAGAGGCUUGAGCUGAGCAAAGAGGAUUUGCUUGAGAUGUUUGCCUACAAUAAGUACAAGCAGCACAUCAUCCAGGACAAGAUCCCAGACGGCACUCGCACCACCGUCUAUCGAUGCGGUCCCCUCAUCGAUCUGUGCAGGGGUCCUCACGUUCCUCACACUGGUAGGAUCAAGGCAUUCGAUAUCAUGAAGAACUCGGCCAGUUACUUUCUCGGUGAUGCAAAGAACGACAGUCUGCAGCGUAUCUACGGUGUCUCAUUUCCUGAUAAGAAGCAACUCGAAGAGCACAAGGCACUACUCGCCGAAGCUGCGAAGCGAGACCACCGCAAGCUCGGCCAGGAGCAGGAACUCUUCUUCUUCCACCAGAUGUCGCCCGGCUCUGCUUUCUUCCUUCCACAUGGUAUGAUCAUCUACAACGCCCUCCAAUCUUAUAUCCGUGAACAGUACUGGGAGCGUGGCUACCAGGAGGUCGGCUCCCCAAACAUGUACAACUCCGCCCUGUGGAAGCAGUCUGGUCAUUGGCAGCAUUACCACGAAGACAUGUUCACCUUCGAUGUGGAGAAGGACACCUGGGCGUUGAAGCCCAUGAACUGCCCCGGUCACUGUCUCCUCUUUGGUCACCGCGAGCGAAGCUACCGAGAGCUCCCUAUGCGUAUUGCUGACUUCGGUAUCCUCCACCGUAACGAAGCCUCAGGAGCGCUCACGGGCUUGACCAGAGUCCGACGCUUCGUCCAGGACGACACCCACAUCUUCUGCGCAGAGAACCAGGUCGAGCAGGAGAUCAAGGCACUUUUCGACUUCAUGAUGGCCGUUUACGGCUUGUUCGGCUUCAAAUUCCGCAUGAAGCUGUCCACCAUGCCCGAAGGUCAUCUUGGUGAUGUUUCUACUUGGGAGCGAGCAGAAGCCCAGCUUUCCAGCGCUCUCGACGAGUUCAAAGAACAGACUGGCACUCCAUGGGAGCUGAACCCAGGCGACGGUGCCUUCUACGGCCCCAAGAUCGAUGUCACCAUCAGUGAUGCUCUCAAGCGUGAGUUCCAGUGCGCUACUAUCCAGCUCGACUUCCAGCUGCCACAGCAGUUCAAUCUUGAAUACCGCACAGAAGAGCAAGCUUCAGCCGUCAAGCCAGAGGUCAACGGCGACAAGUCAGCAGAAAAGCCCAAAGAAGACAAGCCAAAGGAGGAGUCCCUUCCAAUCCGCAGUGCACCCGCCCCCGAGGCUGGCGCUGAUGGCGCGAAGGCUGACCCAAACGCCAUGCCCAAGAUCGACUCUUACCGUCGCGAGCUCACUCCAGGCUGUGCACGCCCUGUCAUGAUUCACCGCGCCAUCUACGGAUCGUUCGAGCGCUUCAUCGCCAUCUUGACAGAGCACUUCGGCGGCAAGUGGCCAUUUUGGCUCUCACCUCGUCAAAUCCUCAUCGUACCAGUCAUGCCUGCUGUCAAUGACUACGUACUGGAGCUACAGCAGCUGUUCCGUGCCCAGAAGAUGCACGUCGACGUUGACAUUUCCGGCAACACCAUGCAGAAGAAGAUCCGCACUGGACAGCUUCAGCAAUACAACUUCAUCUUCGUGGUUGGCGCGCAGGAGAAGGAGUCGCGAUCGGUCAACAUCAGAAAUCGUGAUGAUCCCGCUACACAGAAGAUGGGAGAGCUGAUCCCUGUCGACAGGGCCGUGGAGUUGUUGACUAGAGUGAGGGAUGAGAGGAGGAUCGACAGCUCGCUGUCAGCAUAA